AUGAACGGCUACGGCUCCCCCUACCUGUACAUGGGCGGCCCGGUGUCGCAGCCGCCGCGGGCGCCCCUGCAGCGCACGCCGAAGUGCGCGCGCUGCCGCAACCACGGCGUGCUGUCCUGGCUCAAGGGCCACAAGCGCUACUGCCGCUUCAAAGACUGCACCUGCGAGAAGUGCAUCCUCAUCAUCGAGCGGCAGCGGGUCAUGGCGGCGCAGGUGGCGCUGCGCAGGCAGCAGGCCAACGAGAGCCUCGAGAGCCUCAUCCCCGACUCGCUGCGCGCCCUGCCGGGACCCCCGCCGCCGGGAGACGCGGCCGCCGCCCCGCAGCCGCCGCCGACCUCGCAGCCGUCGCAGCCGCCGUCGCGCCCAGCCGCCGAGUUGGCUGCGGCCGCCGCGCUGCGCUGGGCCGCCGAGCCCCCGCCCGGGGCGCUGCAGGCGCCGCUCGCCAAGCCAGAUUUGACAGAAGAACGACUUGGGGACGGCAGCACCGCUGACAAUGCUGAGACUUUCAGCGACAAAGACACGGACCAGAGGAGCUCCCCAGAUGUGGCCAAAAGUAAGGGCUGCUUCACACCUGAGAGCCCCGAGAUCGUGUCAGUGGACGAAGGGGGGUUCACGGUCCAGAAGAACGGGGCCAGCUCAGAGAGCCGGCCCGACAGCCCCAAGUACCCCGGGGAGCAGAGCCACCUCCUGAUCGAGGGCCCCUCGGGGACCGUGUCUCUGCCGUUCAGCUUGAAAGCCAACAGACCGCCCCUAGAAGUGUUGAAAAAGAUAUUCCCCCACCAGAAGCCCGCGGUGCUGGAGUUGAUCCUCAAGGGCUGUGGGGGUGACCUGGUGAGCGCUGUGGAGGUCCUGCUCUCCAGCCGCUCGUCCUCCUCGGCCGCUGAGCGGACUUCUGCUGGGGAGCCCGAGGGCCUGGUGCUGCCCUCCAACGGGCACCUCUUCGAGCACACCUUGAGCUCCUACCCGCUCUCCUCGUCCAAGUGGUCCGUGGGGUCGGCCUUCAGAGUCCCCGACACGCUGAGGUUUUCUGCCGACUCCACCAACGUGGUCCCCAACCCCCUGGCCGUGCCCCUGCAGCACCCGUUUCCCCAGCCGCCCCGGUACCCUCUGAUGCUGAGGAAUACUCUGGCCAGAAACCAGUCGAGCCCCUUUCUGCCCAACGACGUGACGCUGUGGAACACCAUGACGCUGCAGCAGCAGUACCAGCUGCGUUCCCAGUACGUCAGCCCCUUCCCCACCAACUCCGCCAGCGUCUUCAGGAGCUCGCCCGUCCUCCCCGCCCGCGCCCCCGAAGACCCUCGGAUCGCUCUCCCCGAUGACGGGUGUCCCAUGGUGUCGAAACAGCCCAUUUACACCGAGGACGACUAUGACGAGAGGUCUGACUCCUCGGACUCCCGGGUACUCAACACGUCAUCUUAA